GAGAUGCGUCUUAUCGGAAACGUUUGCGUUUCAGUUAAAUUAGAACAAAAAAUAGGAUACAUAAAGACUGGCACAUUUCAAACUAUGGAGCUGCAAGGAACACCUAGCAACAACAAUCCAACAAACAAUAAUUCACCGUCGUGGAUUAAUAAUACUGCCCUGCCCUUUGCAGUCGCUGCAGCCUCGGUUGUCGUCGCUCCUAUUGCUCUGUCCGCUGUAGGAUUUGGCGCUGGAGGCAUCGUUGCAGGAUCUUGGGCAGCAAAAGGAAUGUCAGCAAUUGCGGUGUCGAAUGGCGUUGGCGCCUCUGCCGGAAGCUUCUUCGCGGCAUGCCAGUCAGCAGGAGCGGUUGGAAUAGCCAGCAAUACACUGACGUGGAUCGGGGCAUUAUCCGGAUCAGUAACAGCUGCUGUACAGAAAGCAAUAAAUAACAACAAAGGUAACGGGACCAACGGUGACACAGAAGAAGACGAGGAAUCAGAAGAAAUGAUGAGGAGAAAGGAAGUGACGAAUCAUUUAAUAAAAUGUAAACAUGUUAAAUACUAAAUAAUGACACAAGAUCUGCUGCACUCUUCUGAUUAUAUGGGUUAUUUACAACCAUAAACAUUUCUUUCAAAUGACAAUAAUUGUUUCUUAUUUAAUAAAAAGUAAUCAUGUAAAAUACUAAAUAAUGUCACAAGAUCUGCUGCACUCUACUGAUUAUAUGGGUUAUUUACAACCAUAAACAUUUCUUUCAAAUGACAAUAAUUGUUUCAAGGGGAAUAGUAAUGCGCUA